UUUUUUUGGCAUAAAUAGCGUAAUUUGUGGGAUAAUGAGACAUUCAAUAACUCAAAAUUGCUUAACAAUUGAGGGGAAAAUAAAAAAAAAAAUAAAAAAAAAUAAAUAAAUAAAUUAUCAGUCCAUGAAUAAUUGUGCUGUAAUUGACUUAGUGAUUGGCCUGUAAUUGAAGUUUCUGAUCUGUAAUAUUAAAGAAAUUAAUUAUAUUUAGCUUCUUCCCUUCGUAGAGUAUAUUUUCAUCAAUUAUAAUCCCGUCAUUUUCUUUGAUAUCAAAUUAUCAGUAAUUGAUGUCAUUUUCUUUGAAAUCAAAUAAUUAAUAAUUGAUAUCCCUAGCAAACCAGGCCUCCAAUGGCUGUUGCCAUCACUCUAUUCAUUGUGAUAUUCUUAUCGAUUAGCCUGCACUUUACAGAGGCACAAAUUGGUGUAUGCUAUGGAAUGAUUGGAGACAACUUGCCGAGUGAGAAAGAUGUUGUGAGCCUCUACAAAUCCAAUGGCAUAGGAGCAAUGAGACUCUAUAGUCCAGAUAUAGCAGCUCUCCAAGCCUUACAAGGCUCCGGCAUUAAACUCAUGCUAGACGUCCCCAUUGAAAACCUUCGGUCUCUAGCAUUCAAUCCCUCAGCGGCGAGGCAAUGGGUCAGGACCAACGUCGUGCCCUUUGCAUCAUCAAUCAAAUAUAUUGUUGUAGGGAAUGAAGUUAAUCCUUCCCAUAAAUUCGCCUCAUCAGUCUUACCCACCAUGCAAAAUGUUCACAACGCAUUGAUAUCAAACAACUUACGAGCCAUUAAGGUUUCUACAUCCGUUAGUACAAAAAUUAUGAUGAACACGUAUCCACCCUCAAAUGGACAAUUUAAUUACACAUCAUACAUUACCCCAAUUAUCAAAUUGAUAAAUAGUAACAAUUCACCUUUGUUAGUUAACAUUUACACUUACUUUGCUUACAUUAAUAAUCAGCAUGAUAUUAAUCUCAACUACGCAUUAUUUACGUCCCCUGGGACUGUGGUUACUGAUCCGAAUAACGGCAAAAAUUACCAAAACUUGUUUGAUGCAAUGGUGGAUUCAAUAUAUGCAGCUCUAGCAAAGGUGGGUGCACCUAACACGGCGAUUGUAGUGUCUGAAACCGGAUGGCCAUCAGCAGGGGGGGUCGCAGCCACAGUGAACAAUGCCGGAACUUAUUAUAGGAAUUUGAUCAAUCAUGUGAAACAAGGGACUCCUUUAAAACCAGGGCAAGCACUUGAGACUUAUUUGUUUGCAAUGUUUGAUGAAGAUAAGAAACCAGGGCUAUAACUGAGCGCCAUUUUGGUCUAUUUACCCCUACUAAGUUUCCUAAAUAUGGCCAACUUAAUUUUAAAUGAUUAAUAU